AUGGCGCAACCAUCGACCCCCGGCCCAGCAUCUUCUUCUGUUAGCAUCUUUGGCCAAACCCAAACCCUGGCACCCCAUGCUGGUGGGACGCAACAGUCCGGUAUGGCCAGCCAAGCUUCAUCAGACGGCAUGAGUGCCAUUGAGACGCCAGCCUCGGCUUCUUCCUCCAACAAUACCUACAUCAUGCCAAACUCUCCUCUCAAGGCCCGCCCCCUGGUUGAUGGGUACCGCCCCAAAGUCACACGCACGCUGGGACAGAGGCCUGCGUGCCUCGUCAAUGCGUCUGUGACCUAUUGCGGGAACAACCAAAUCUAUGCUUUCGGUGGCUUUGACCAGUACACUGACGAGGUAUACAAUCAUGUCUUGCGACUGGACUUGGCGAGCCAUCAAUGGAGUUUGGUGGACAACUAUGGGGAUAUUCCCGGGGUGCGCAUGGGUCACACAGCGACUCUGUACAAAGGCGACAAACUCCUUGUAUUCGGCGGCGAGAACGAGCAUCGAACCUACCUAUCCGAUCUUAUUAUAUUCGACUUGAAAACAGCACAUUGGACGCAGCCUAUGGUAUCGGGUCCGAUACCUAAAGGCAGGGCAAGGCACGCCGCCGUGCUGCACGAAGAUAAACUGUUCAUUAUUGGUGGCAUCACUGGUCAGAACAACUAUGUGUUGGAUGACAUUUGCUAUCUCGACCUCAAGACGUUUACUUGGUCCAAGGCAUGGCGCUUCGUUGGCCGUUUUGACCACUCUGCCUACAUCUGGGGUGAUCGCGUCUGGGUCUUUGGUGGCCUGAGUGAAGACAUGGACAAGAUUAGCGACUUGUGGUGGCUUGACCUUAAGGGAAGCCCGGAAUUCGACUCUCGACCUCAUUUUGGCGUCUUGGAUCGCCAUUCCGCUACUCACAGAACCAGCAGCUCUCCAAGGCCGCCUUAUACCAUGGCGUCCAACCCAGUUGUUGGCGCCUCUGGCUAUGCUGCGAAUUCCAGGACGGCCCAAGUAAACCCUCCAUCAUUUCAAGUAAAGUCAUACGCACCAAUGGCCCCUGGAACCAUCUCUGCCCUCAAAUUUGUUUCUGGUCCGACUGUUCCAUCCCAAGGAUCUGGCAUCCAUUUCCACACCUAUUCUUCCGGAACACUGCUCGAUUUUGUGACUCCUGCGGCGACCAUUACCCACAGAGAAUGUUCCUUGUCUGCCCUGGACCUUAGUACUCUGAGGUGGCAGAAGCUGGCCGACGGCCGCGAAAUCUUCAAAACGGGAUAUAGAUGGCACUACUGUACGAUGAACGAAGACGGCACCAAGGCGUGGCUCUUGGGCUGUCCGGUUGAUCCAGCUGCAACGGAUCUAGGGCCAAAUGGCUAUGAAGAAUAUCUCAGCGACAUCAUGGAAGUAGACCUUCGACGAUAUGGCUUCCUCGGCAACAACCUUGCACCAGAAAGCUUGGCCCAAUCCAGACCGUCCUUUGCGACCAGGCUUUCCGACCAACCUUCUAAAGGUCUUGGCGCGGAUCUGGCGAAACUGUUCAAUCAACCACCCGAGUCCGGAAGUGGCACAGAUUUCAUCAUCACAGCUCUUGCCGAUGAUGCUGACAGCGAUGAAACGCUCAGCUCAGGGCUGAUUCGAGCUGAUGAUGCAAACAGAGACGAGGGUUGGCUGUCUGCCGACGUCCCAACGUCUAUGCCCAUUCACGUGCACAAGCUUAUCCUGCAAGCGCGCUGGCCGCACUUUGCGCGCUUGUACAACGCUCAGAUGGCAGAGUUCCACACGAAGAAGAUGCACAUCCCGGAGCCAUACUCGGUUGUCAAGGCGUUCCUCUUGUACCUGUACACAGACAACAUUCACGGUACCACAGAGACAGACAGUGACGCCACGACGGAUCUCUCCGAUGUGGCCGGCCUCUUGGUCAUGUCCAACAUCUACAACAUCCCACACCUCCGCCUACUGUGCGUAAACCGCCUGGCCAAGGAACUCGACGUCGAGCACGCCUGCGUCAUAUGGUACUGCUCGGGACUCGCCAGCGAGGAAUGGCUUCGCAAGAGAGCGGCACAGUUCUGCAUGACGCACUGGGGCCGUAUUGUCCGUACCCAGGGUUUCCUACGUCUCCCCCGCAACGCCCUGGUCGAGCUAUCGCAGGAGAUCGACAUGGAAGGCCGAGUGGUUGCCGGCGACGACCUUGAGUGGGGGAGCGUAUCGGGCCGGUAUAGUGACGGCUCUGGGCAUGGCAAUCGCAAGGAGAGCAUCAGCAGCACGCAGAUGCAGAUCGUCGAAUCCGAAGUCGAUGACGACGACGAAGACGUGGAGAUAUCGUAA